AAGCUUUUGUGAGUAAUUUCUAAGUGUAAAGAAAAAAAAAUCAUGAGUUAUUUGGGUAUUGGAGUAAGUCCUGGUAAUGUUCCAGUACACCAUGGGAGUAAUAAUUUAAAGGUAAUUGAUAAGAGAGUAAGAAUAGCAGAGCUGAUUUUAAGGUGCUUAAUUUGUGGUUUAGCAGUUGUUGGUGCUAUUCUUAUAGCAACUGAUAGUCAAGUUAAAGUCAUAUUUACAAUCAAGAAAGAAGCUAAGUUCACUGACAUGAAAGUUCUUGUAUUUCUAGUGAUAGCCAAUGCAUUAGCUGCUGCUUACUCUCUGAUUCAAGUCAUAAGGUGCAUUUUGAGUAUGAUUAGAGGAAGUGUUCUUUUCAACAAACCCUUGGCUUGGGCUAUUUUUUCUGGUGAUCAGUUGAUGGCCUACUUGAUUUUGGCGGCAGUGGCAGCAGCGCUGCAGUCGGCAGUAAUUUCCAAGUUAGGUCAACCAGAGCUACAAUGGAUGAAGGUUUGCAAUUUGUAUGGCAAAUUCUGUAACCAAGUUGGAGAAGGCAUUGCAAGUUCUUUAAUAGUUAGCCUCAGCAUGAUUCUCCUCUCUGGUAUUUCAGCAUUUAGUCUAUUUCGUCUGUAUGGAAACAAUGGAGGAAAGAGUAAUGCUAGAUGAUCAUCUGUCCAAGCUGUAGUAGACAGAGUUCUUUCAAGUACUUGUGCUGUUUGGAGGUAGUAGCUACCCCUGGAAUUAAUCAAGGUGCAUGUAAGUUAGCUCAGACCCACGAUCAUAGAAAAAAAUAAAUAAAGGUAAUGCUAGAUAAUGAGUAGAGUAGUAGUAGCUUAGUCUUGACCUUGAAGAUAUGUAACUUGGUGGAUUUUGGUGUUAUGUACUAUGUUGUCUUCUCUUGAACAGUUGAACUGUUGUAUAAUAGGAAAUGAUUUUGGUCUUUCUUUUGUAAAAUAAACCAAGACUAAUGUUGGUAUGAGUUAUACUUA